AUGGCCUCCAAGGACGUCGUCAUCAAGCACAUGAAUGCCAACCACCCGGAAUCCCUCGAACUGUUCCUCCAAGCAUACUGCGCCAUCAGCGCCCGCGAGGCCCAAACCGCCCAGCUCGAGGACAUCAGCAACACGCACCUGGUGAUCCGCGCCCACGGCACGCGAUACAGCGUCCCGAUCGACCCGCCCCUGAAAAACAUCUCCGACGCGCGCGGGCGUCUAGUCGCCAUGCACAACGACAGCCUGCAGCGUCUGGGCCGCAGCGACGUGACGCUCACCGAGUACCGCGGCCCGCGCGGGGUGGUGCAGACCGUGGUGUUCGCGCUGUGCGUGUUCACCUACAUCAGCUGCUUCCAGCGCAGCAAUCUCCUCCCCGGCGCCUCCGUCUACGAAUACCUCGGCUACAAGUAUGUCCCGGACUUUGCACAUUUCGUGUAUACCAUCCAGCCCUACCUCUUCCCGGGUGUCUUGGUCAUCCACCUGCUGGAGGCGAGCUUCUUGGCGGUCAAGCGCUUGAAGCCGCUUGGCGUGCCUCUGAUGUCGGGCUUGUGGUGGAUGUGGGUGUCCUCAUGCUUUAUUGAAGGGUUUGGGGUGUGGCAGCGCAUCGCGCAGAUCGUCAAGGAGGAGCGGGCGAAGAAGGGGAAGCAGCAGUAG